AUGGAAGAAGAAUGGGAAGGGCAACAAGAUGUCGGAGUUGCUGAAGAAGAGGAACAAGAAGAUGACGAGGGAGACAUCCUCGACAUGGGAGAAGAUGACCAGGAGACCAAUGAGAAAGAGGGACUGCUGAUGCGCUUUUGUCCGAAUGAUUCAUCUAUGUUGUAUCCACAGGAAGACAAACGAAAUCGGACUUUGCAAUACUCUUGCCGUUUGUGCAGUUACAAGGAGGCAACCCCACAGUACCCUUUGAUUUACAGAAACAAUCUAAAACACGAGGUGGGAAAUGUUUUAAACAAUGUUCCUUCCUCAAUUGCAGAUGAUCCAACCUUGGCUAGGAGUCAAAACGCCAAAUGUAGCAAUUGUAACCACAAUGAAGCUGUAUUCUUCCAAUCCGAUGUUGCUCAAGCAGAUUCGUUGGCCUUGAUUUUCGUUUGCUGCAAUUGUGGGCAUAAAUGGGUGAAUUAA